AUGCCUACCAGACUUCGUCAGACCAGAAAGCACAGAGGUAACGUUACCGCCGGUUACGGUCGUAUUGGAAAGCACAGAAAGCACCCAGGUGGUCGUGGUAUGGCUGGUGGUCAGCAUCAUCACAGAAUUGCUAUGGAUAAAUACCAUCCAGGUUACUUUGGUAAGGUUGGUAUGAGAUUUUUCCACAAGCAAGAAAACCCAUUCUGGAGACCUGUCAUUAAUUUGGACAAACUAUGGUCUUUAGUGGACAAUAAGGAUGAGAAAUUGGCCCAAUCUACAAAGGACUCUGCCGUUGUCAUCGAUACGUUGGCCAAGGGUUACGGUAAGGUCUUAGGUAAGGGAAGACUUCCAAAUGUUCCUGUUAUUGUUAAGGCUAGAUUCGUUUCUAAGUUGGCUGAGGAGAAGAUCAGAGCUGCCGGUGGUGUUGUUGAGCUUGUUGCUUAA